AUGUAUGAAAUAUUGAAUUGCAAAAAUUCUUAUAUUUUUACUCUUAAUUUGGUGAAUCAAGAGUCCGACCCGAACAAGGACCCGGUGGUUCUAUGGCUUAAUGGUGGACCCGGUUGUUCCAGCUUCGAUGGUUUUGUAUAUGAGCAUGGUCCAUUUAAUUUUGAAAAACCAAAGGCUAAAGGAGUCUUGCCUAAGUUGACUCUCAACAAAUAUAGUUGGUCAAAGGUUUCAAAUAUCAUAUACUUGGAUUCUCCUGCUGGAGUUGGGUUCUCUUACGCAAAAAAUGAAUCAGCUUAUGAAACUGGGGAUAUAAGAGUUGCCCAUGAUACACACUGGUUUCAACUGUACCCUGAGUUCCAACACAACCAAUUUUUCUUAGCUGGAGAAUCAUUUGCUGGGAUUUAUGUGCCUACUCUUGCUAAUAACAUAGUGAAAGGAAUUGAUGAAGCAAGGAUGCAGCCAAAAAUAAAUUUCAAGGGUUACAUGAUAGGAAAUGGUGUUUGUGAUGAUAAAUUUGAUGGCAAUGCUCUUGUUCCGUUUGCAUAUGGGAUGGGUCUUAUUUCUGAAGAAAUAUUCAAGGAGACAGAAAGUGUUUGCAAAGGAAGCUACUACAAUCCUCAAACUAAGGGUUGCGCAUCACAACUUCUUAAAGUAAACCAGCUUAUUAGUGGGCUAAACAUAUAUAACAUUUUGGAACCAUGUUACCAUAGCAAUGGAACAGACGCAAGGACAAUAUCUAAUAAUAAUAGGUUGCCAGAAAGCUUUAAGCAAUUGGGUGUAACAGAGAGAGGUUUGCCAGUUAGGAAGAGAAUGUUUGGUCGUGCAUGGCCUCAUGGAGCUAUUGUCAAAAAUGGAAUUGUCCCAUCUUGGCCACAACUCAUCCAUGGAGGUGCUAAUGUUCCAUGCACUGAUGAUGAAGUUGCUUUCUUAUGGUUGAACAAUGAUGCAGUUAGAAAAGCAAUUCACACAGCAGAUAAAAGUUUGGUUAACAAAUGGGUGUUAUGCACGGACCAACUUUCUUACCACCAUACUCUUGGAAGCAUGAUCAAGUAUCACCAAUACCUAACUUUCAGCGGAUAUCGAGCACUUAUAUUUAGUGGUGAUCAUGACUUGUGUGUUCCAUAUACUGGAAGCCAAGCAUGGACAAGUUCAUUGGGAUAUCCGAUUAUAGAUGAAUGGAGGCCUUGGUUUAUAGAUGGUCAAGUUGCCGGGGAGCUGGCCACACUGUUCCAGAAUAUAAGCCUAAAGAGUCAUUGUACUUUUACAAACAAUUUAUUCAUGGAAAGAAAAUAUGAGAAAAAGUACACAAAUUGUAACAAGAGGCAAUGUGGUCUAUAA